AUGGUCGGAAGUCCUACAUCGCCAGAGAGGGUUUGUGACCUCUACGGACUCGUGGCCUUCGUCCCGAUGUGGUUCCGAGGGUUCUGUUUACUUAAGGGGGAUCGCUGUGAACUUAGGGUUGCGACACUCGCCAGAUUUGUUCUUAACCUCCUGCCCUUUAAACCGCGCGAUGAACAGGACCGCAAAGGUUGUGUACACAAGAACAAUAAUGAUGCUCGCACAGGAGCACAGGGUGGCGUAAGGGCGCUCACAUAUGUUCGGAGUUCGAAGCAGAUCCGAAGCCAGUGGUGUCGUUAUGCGUCCGUCACCGCUGCAGCCGCUGGUAACUGGCUGAAGACAUGGCGAAAUCGAUACCCACGUCGCGAAAUACCUCCUGAAGAGCAGAGACAAACCGCCGUGGCCUCGUUAGAACAUGCAUUAAGACUCCCGAGUGAAGCAAGUGACGUGACAUUGCGACCAACCACCUCCUCCAAGAUGAUUCUCUACGGCAACGCUGCCCUGACGCCGUCUCCCUCGGCCUCGUCUUCGCCAGGCUCAAGCGCGAGCAUGUCCCCGCCUUGCACCCUUGCAAUGCCAGACCUCGCCUUCACCCAUUGCAAGAACGAGCUUAAUGAGCUGGCCGUGCCCUCCAACCUGCACCCCAUGUUGAUGUCCACGAUCCCCAAGUGCGCGGGCUGCUCGGAGGCCAUCCUCGACCGCUUCAUCCUCAAGGUGCUGGAGCGAACGUGGCACUCCCGCUGCCUCAAGUGUGCCGACUGCGGCGCGCAACUCACCGACAAAUGCUUCGCGAGGAACCAGCAGGUGUACUGCAAGGAGGACUUCUUCAGGCGGUACGGCACCAAAUGCGCCGGCUGCGAGCAGGGCAUCCCCCCAACGCAGGUGGUCCGGCGCGCCCAGGACAACGUGUACCACCUGCACUGCUUCGCCUGCGUCAUCUGCCAGCGGCAACUGAACACAGGGGACGAGUUCUACCUGAUGGAGGACAACAAGUUGGUUUGCAAGAGCGACUACGAGCAAGCUAAGCAGAGAGGUAUGUCGCUGAAGGAAGGAGACGCGACAAACAAACGACCACGUACAACCAUCUCGGCGCGGCAGUUGGAGCAACUCAAACAGGCCUACAAAGAGAGUCCGAAACCCGCUCGACACGUUAGGGAACAGCUGUCUCAAGCCCUAGGCCUGGAUAUGAGGGUCGUGCAGGUCUGGUUCCAAAACAGGCGAGCGAAAGAGAAGCGGCUCAAGAAGGACGCAGGACGGACGCGCUGGGGUCAGUACUUCCGGUCGAUGAAGAACGGGGGACGAGAGAAACGACGGGACGAAGACAAGAGCGACGCUGACCUGGAUAUGGAUUCGCACGAUGACAUGAUUCUGGACAUGCCCGACGGCUACCGUACCCCGGGCCCCCCCCUGGACCUAGAGCCGGGGCAGACGGCCAUGAGCCCCCACCUGGGACCCCCCCAUCCCGGCCCCCCGCAUCACCCGUUCAUUCAUGGAGCCGGCACUCCCCCGUACAUGGCCGGAGCAGGAGGGCACUCCCCCAGUGGCCCUGUGCCCCCCCACCCCAUGGCCGCCCCGUUCCCGUACUCUGAGCCCUUACCGCCCUACCAGACGCCCAUGACAGCCGCCGCCGCAGCCGCCGCCGCCGCCGCCGCAGCCUCCGCGGCCGCCAGCGGAAGCGUGAGUGUCAUGGCGGGCGGCCCAGCCAGCGACCUCAGUUCGAACGGCUCCAACCCCAGCUACCCCGAGUUCCCGCCCUCGCCCGACUCCUGGCUGGGCGACAUGCAGCAGGAGCACCACCAGCAGUAUUAG